GUAGAUGCCAGAUAUCCAGAUCGGGUACAAUCUCUACCCCAAGAAGAGCUGGCAAUCUAAGAGCUCAUUUCCCUCACCUGAGGCAUCACCCUGCCCUCCCUUGUCUGUGAAAGGCCCUCAGGUAUCACCGAGUGUAAAACCGUCCAAGUCACGGGGAGGGAAGGAUGACCGAUUUGCGAGCUGGGCUGUGGAAGCCCCGGGAAAAUCCCUCGGUGACUGGAGAAGGUGUCGUUUGCUGCUAAAUUUCACGGCUGGCUUUCUGUGCUCUCCCCCAGGUGGAAUCUGCAUCUGUGGUGAUAACUGCAAAUGCACAAACUGCAACUGUAAGACGUGCAGGAAAAGUUGCUGCCCCUGCUGCCCCCCGGGCUGUGCCAAGUGUGCCCAAGGAUGUGUCUGCAAGCGGGGAGCCGACAACAAGUGCAGCUGUUGCCCCUGACAGGUCCCCGGGGCAGCGCCUGGAAACGCGUCUGUAUAUUCCAUUAGCUGACAAGAUGGUAUUAUUGUACGAUAGACUCUGCUUUUUAUAUAUUUGUCCAAAUGGUUUCUUUUUUUUUUUAAUAUUUGGGCCAUUCACAUAAAGUGCCUGAAGCAAUAAAAAAAAACCCCCACACUUGUGGAUUCCUGAAUGGCUUGGAAA